UCAGAGCCCUCUAAAACCGGCGACCAAUGAACGUACGGGAAAUCGUGAUGCGUGCCCCGUUUCCUUACUCUCCAGGGGCCAUUUUGAGUGCUGGCCCCUGCCCUUCUCAGCUGUCUGGUGCCCGCCUCAUGCUGCGGCCGGCGCUGGCUGCUCUGGCUCUGGGCUGGGCGGUCGCCUGGCUGGCGGCUCGCGGCUUCGCUCCCUGGUGGCGGCUGGGGCAGAAUUGCAGCGGGGAGGCGGUCUUAACUGCCGCCGAGCUAAGCCGCUAUACGGGCACCGAGGGAAGCCCGGGACUUUACCUGGCCGUGUUGGGACAGGUGUUCGACGUGCAGCAGGGGCGCAGGCACUACGGCCCCGGAGGAGCUUACGGCUUCUUUUCAGGGAAAGAUGCCUCCAGAGCCUUUGCCACAGGUGACUUCACCCCAGCUGGCCUGGUGGAUGAUGUUUCAGGAUUGUCACCACCACAAAUGCUGGCCAUCCAGAACUGGCUUUCCUUCUACUGUAAGAAUUAUGUGCAUAUCGGCAAAGUAGCUGGACGAUUUUACCAAGAAAAUGGGGAACCUACGAAGGUUUUGGAGGAGGCCCAAGCUCUCAUUGAAGAAGGGGAGAAGCUGCAGGCCGAGGAGGUUGAUCGAAAAAAACAGUUUCCACCUUGUAACUCUGAAUGGAGCUCAGCUGGAGGAAGCAGGGUCUGGUGUUCCAAGCAAAGUGGGGGCAUCACCCGAGAAUGGUCUGGGGUACCUAGGAAGCUAUAUGAACCUGGGUCCAGUCGUAGCCAUUGCGUUUGCAUGAAGACAGAAGAGCUGUUUCCUGGGCAAGAGAAAUCCACCCGGCCUAGCAACCAAGGAAAGUUGAACAAUCCUAACCUUCAGGAAUACAAAGGGUGUCACCCACUUUCUGAAUGGUGUGCUUUGAAAGAAUGAGUCAAUUCUACCUCACUGAAGAUUAAACACUUCUACACGAUCCAAGUAUUAAAGGAAGCCACUUUUAAGGAAACUUAACUAUGUAUUUUGAUACCCUGUCCUAACCUAACAUUAUAGCUUGCAAAAUUUGAAUUUGCAAUUAAAAAUCACUCUUUAAAAAUAUGGGUUUGUAAAACGUAAGGUAAAAAAUAGGAAUGGAGAGAGCGCUUUAAACAUUGUGUGUUUAAAACAUGGCAGUUGAUGAUGCUUCUCUAAGCAGAGGAUUUUAGCACUGGAGGAAGAGAGAUUCGUUGGCCCUGAAGAAUGGAGGUGUAGCACAGGCUCCCAGCACCUGCUUCGUAGGUCAUUGAUACCAGCAUUUGAACCGGAAGCAUAUGGGUAGAGCACGAUUUGUGACUGGUCGCUUAAGAGUUACCAUGGACCUACCCUGGGGCUUCAACAACUGAAAUUUGGGCACUUGGCAGUUGGGCAAUAUUUAUGGCCAUUUGCAGUGCCCUAUGGUCACCUGACCAUGUUUUGCACUGUUUUGCCAAAAACUGGCAUUUACUUCUGGUUUUCAGCAAAAUGCACCCAUAGUGAACCAUGGGUUAACUUGCAGCAAAAAAGGAUAUAAUCAGGUCAGUCAUGACACCAACCCAUUUUAUGACUGUCACGACAACACCUUGAUGGGCAAGCUCUAUUAUGGUUGUAAGUUGAGGACCACCUAUAAUUGAUUUGCUAAUUCAUAUAAAAUGGCUGUAUUGCUAUAACAAAAAGACAAAAAUAAAGGUUUUCCCAUCUAGUUGUGUCCAAUUCCAGGGCUGGUGCUUAUCUUCAUUUCUUAGCCAAGGGAGCCAGCUUUGUCUGAAGAUGCUUCUGUGGUCAUGUGGCCAGCAUGACUAUAGGCCAAGGUGCAUGGAACUUUGUUAUGUUCCCAUCAAAAUAGUAUCUAUUUAUCUACUUCCAUUUGCAUGCUUUCGAAUUGCUAGACUGACAGGAGCUGAGGCAAGUAACGGGAGCUCAUCCCACUGCAUGGUGCUCAUUCUUGAAUGGGAUUUCCAGCUGACAAGCUCACAGUCUUUAACCGCUGAGCCAUCCUGCCUCUUAUUUUUAUAUAACAUGCAAGGCUAAAAUAUUGGAUCUGCACAACGCAAGAGUUCUAAACUGAUCAUUUUAUAAACCAUAUUUAAGUAAUAACCGGAUUCACUCUAAGGGAAGUGCGAUAGCUCAGCGGUUAAAGGCGCUGAGCUUGUUAGCCAGAAAGCUGACAGCCCAAGUUCAAGAACCAUGCACUAACAGGGUGAGCUCCUGUUACUUGUCCCAGCUCCUGCCCACCUAACAGUUUGAAAGCAUGCAAAUGUGAGUAGAUAAACAGCAUCCCAUGUCCCUCAGCAUACAGUAUAGUCAUGCUGGCCACGUGACCACAAAAAUGUCUUCAUACAACCCUGGCUCCCUCGGCUAAGAAAUGGACAUGAGCACACUACAGUCGGACACAACUGGACAGGGAAAACAUUUAUCUUUAUCUUUAGAUUAACCCUGCUAAAUUAUGGUUUGUUAGAUAACUUAAAGAGUUUAAUGUUCUUGCUGCUCUUCAGUAAACAUGCCUAUUUAACUCCCA